GCAACUCAGCAUUGGGGUGCACUGUUCUUUUCAGCUCCCCAUUCUCCUCUUUCCCACGAACUCUGUCAACAAGUGGAAGACUUGCUAUACUUGGCCCCAAUGGAAUUAUGAUCACAGCUGCUGCAGCUGCAUGUUGAAAUCGACAGCGACGCACAUUCUCACGUUCUUCGAUCGUCCAAUUGCAGCUUGUAUAUUGUAAACAACACUCGAGACAAAACAUUUGAAACCCCUUGUUUCAAUCGAACUGCUGACCACUGCCAUCGUGCCUGUGUCGUGGGAAACCUGACUCUGUGCGUUUUGGAUGACGCUAUUUCUUCGUUACAGAACAAACGGUGGAUUAAUUCGUAAAAAUGGAUCCGAUUCGAUUAUCUGCUCUUGGGCGUGACGUCUGCGUCGGAAACCACUGCAACUACUUCACCGACGAAAUCAUGCCAGACGAUGAAUUCGUAAACAUGGAUCCGAUUCGAUUAUCCGCUCUUGGGCGUGACGUCUGCGUCGGAAACUACUACAACUACUUCACCGACGAAAUCAUGCUAGGCUGUAUUCAUGUAUUGGAACAAAAUGUACACCACAACAAGAUCUCGGUUCCCAAGGUGGAACGCACCUUCUUCUUUCAACAACCCGACAAAUUCAAAUGUCACAUGCUGGGCAUCAAUUCGCAUUUAUGUCAAAGCAACUUCAAAAACUUGUGGUUCGCUGGUUACCUAGAAACGGGACUCACCCAAGAAGACGCAAAUAAAUCUUCGACAGCCCAAGUUGACGUUAUUUUUCGCGUCGUCAAACGCAUCGAGACACUUGGCCAACAGCAUUUUGAGCCUACAAACAUGUUUCAUUAUCAACUAAUCACAGGAGGCCAAGCGACGCACGUAGUGGAAGAGGUCGUCUACGGAGUCGAAUUGAUCUGUUCGAUGCAACGUGAUGUCGACUUGAAUUGCGAAACCAAAGCCAUCGUAGAAGAAGACAUUUAUUUGGCUGCUAAAGCCUACUUUGAUGAAAAUAUGGAUAUGAAUUCAUUUACCGCAGACUUGCCAGUCGAAUUAAAGAAAGUGACGUGCAUCGUUUUCACCUCCACAGAAGCUGGGAAAGUACAAAAGGGCUCAUUUCUAGAAUUUUACGAAUGGUCAAGACUCAUCAUUAAUGAAUCGAAAGACUGUCCGAUAGAAAUUGUUCUACGUGAUAUUCCUUCACAAAUCGAAGCCCGGCUUGUAUCAGAAAAGAUGAACGACAUUGAAAUUGAAAAGGAGAUGAAUUUCGAAAUGUGGAAAUGGAUUAAAAGCGAGAGUCACUCGAUAGCAAGACAUCCCUUAAUUGAUUGUAUUCCACCACUGGAGAAAGUCAUGUGUCAGUUUAUCGAUCUGCUACCACCAAUCGGGAACUCGAUUGAAACAAUCUACGCAACUAACCGAGUUCUGAACGAUAUGAAACUGAUAUCAUGUUUACUGGCUGACAUGAAAGAAUGGCUAAUUUAUCGACGCAAAGAAAUUCAAAUCACGUGUUCUCUGCUUCUAGAAAAGAGGUUGAUGAUGAUGGGUUUAAAAGAAAUCGAAAAUCGCAAGUCACAAAAUAAACGUGCCAGAGUAUUCAUCUUGAAAAUGGAUUACACCCGAGACACGUUGAUGGAGCGGAUGAAGAAAUUUAUAGGAAAACAAGAGAAUUCGGAACGUCCCGUUUUUCGUAUUGUGACUUCGGGGAGACGCCAGGUUGAACAUUUUUUCGAAACAUUGAAAACUUUUACUAUAUUGGGCACGAUGAAUCGAAGCACCGACUAUUUUAUAGGAUUGGUACCAAGUUCUUCACUAUUAAAAGAAGGUACGAUUAUAUCUGUCCCCGACAAAGCCCUCGUUCCGGAUAUUGCAUCAAGUGGAUCCCAGAACACCCCAAUCGACUCGUUCAAAAGCAGUCAACGAGAUUCGUCGAAUUUUCAGCCAAAUUCCAUGCUGUUUCCUCAUGUUAAAUUUCCACCUGGACCUACCGUGUACAACCAGCGACAUCAUCUUUCCCCCGGCAUCCAGGCUUUUAUUGCACCAACUGGAAAUUUUCUUCCAUUGAUGGCCGAAAACAGUUGUCCUUGGAAGAAAGAGACUGUUGGAAGAACAGACAAGGACAAUCAGACUAAUUCAUCUGCAACGUCAUCACCCCAUCUGCUGUGCAGUUUAGAAAAAGAGGAAGACAAACAAGCAAUUGCUCUUGAUGCUAUUAAGAAAGUCGAGUCUCCUUCGAACGCCACGAUCCAGAUACAGAAAGAAACACGAAUGAUGGAACCACCGAAGAAGGACACUUGUGUUGGUACCUGUCCAGAGAAGAAGAUGUCCAAAAUAUCUGUAGCCGCUCGUAUCGAAAAUGUUAAUGCAAAAUCGAAAGAAAAAGCAUUUCAAGAUAAAUUCGAUCAAUCUUGCGAAGUAAUUGAGAUAAUCGAUGAAAAGAUGGUACCCCUGGAAGAGAAAAUGUCAUCUGAGGAUCAUGAAAACAAUCGUCCGAUGACUGACAUUAAUAGUCAAGACCAUGAUAUGGAAAUGAAUGUGAGCAGCGAAAUUCCUGUCAGCAAUCGAAGGAUUGCCGAAAUAUUUGCAGACGGAUCCAAACGGUACGCGGACCUGAUUAAAGAAGGCCAGCCUAACAUUUAUCAGUUGAAUGCCAAAGAAAUUUUGGCCAAUGAAGAUUUCAGAUGGUUCGAGAUUAAUCGGCUUGACGGCUCUUCACCGACUCCCGGUCGUCGUGAUCACAAAAUCAUCAUCUUGAUGGGCGCAACUGGAUGCGGCAAGAGCACUCUAAUCAACGGCAUGGUCAACUAUAUCCUGGGAGUCCAGUGGAACGAUCCAUUCCGUUUCAAAUGCGUCCGGGAAGACGAGGGUGUGACCAGGAACCAGGCGCACAGUCAAACGAGUUCUGUAACGGCCUACACUCUUCGCCAUCAAGAAGGAAUGUCCAUUCCGCAUUCCAUCACCAUCAUCGAUACGCCCGGCUAUGGAGACACGAGAGGAAUAGAACGGGACAAGAAAAUCACGGCCAACAUCCAUCGGUUCCUGACUCAAGAAGAAACUCGAAUCAAUGAAAUUCACGCCGCGUGUUUUGUGGCCGCUUCGGGUGACAGUCGACUGACGGCCACUCAACGUUACAUCAUCGACUCUGUGCUGUCCAUCUUUGGGAAAGACAUGAAGGAGAACCUUCGGUUGUUGGUGACGUUUGCCGAUAAUGCCGAUCCUCCUGUUGUUGAAGCCUGUGGCGCAGCUAAUUUCCCAGCAACGUCCGUAUCGGCCGGCAUCAGUUACAGCAAAUUCAACAGCUCUGUUCUUUAUUGUUCUAAUGCUCAAAAAGAAAAUGAAUUCUGUUUUGACGAACUAUUCUGGGACAUGGGUCGAGAAAAUUUCCACAAGUUUUUUACGAUGCUGGCCAAAAUGGACGCUCGAAAUCUAACGUCUACUCGGGAAGUCAUCCAGCGUCGUCAGCAACUAGAGCAGUCGCUUCAAGAAAUUGAAAGUGAGCUGGAAAUUUGUCUUGUCAACAUCGAAGACAUGGAAAAGUUUCGCCAACAAUUGAGGGAACACGGUCACAACAUGAAGACUAACAAGAACUUUGUUGUGGAAAGGACGGAAAUGCAGCCCGUGAAGGUCGAUUGUGACAAGGGAUUGUUGGUUUUCAACUGCAGUAAUUGCAUGACAACUUGUGAUAAGCCCUCAAGAAAGAUAUUUAAAAACCGAACUUGCACGAACGAGGUUUGUAAAUGUCAGAAGUCAGACCACCAAGUUCAACCGUUUACGUGGACUUUGCGUCUCGUAAAAGUUAAAAGGACUCUAAAUGAGAUGAAGGCCAAAUUUGAAUCCUCCGCUAAUCAAAAAUGUACAACCGAAGAAUUGAUGGCAAAUUGUUCGGAUGAACUCAAUAUUGCUAAAGCCAAAGUAUUGAGUUUAUUGGAUCAAGUAGGUGCCAAUGCCAGAUCCUUGGAUUCUACAGCUCUUCGUUCAAAUGCGCUCAAUCCAUCCGAGUAUCUCAGUUUAAUGAGGAGUCGUGUCCUGGAAGAACAAGCUCCCGGUUACCUCACCCGCUUACAAACUUUGACUGAGCUACAGCAAAGUCUUGAUGCAUCCGCCACAUCAUCGGCCAAAAAGGGACAGUCAAGCGGCUCUCAGGUGACAACCCAGCCAUUUAACAAUGCCAACACUUCACUCGGUCGUGGCAGACUUUUGCAGACAUCGGCAACUGGAUCCGAUAACGCGUCGGAAUCAAAAUCAAACAACCCUGGAAAAAAUGGCUUGGAUAACACGCUUUCACGAUCCAGCCAGACUCCGCAAUCAUCAUGUGGACAGGUGACCGCGCCAUCUGUCAAAAGAUAUGAAACCAGAAGUCAUAUCCAGCCUAACAUGAAUGGAACCGAUCCCUCCAAAUCUGCAUCGAUUACAUCCUCCAACACACAAACGUGUGGAGGAUCUCGCGGUCGUGGAAGAGGUUGUCUCUCACAACAAACAGAAACUGCUGCCAGCCUCAUUCACGGUACUGAUAGCCAACGGAAACAUCCGCCAGGCACCCCUGAAGAAUAUUACCAAACUGCUGUGAAAACGUCCCAGAGACCUUGUUCCAAAGACGGAGAUAAGCAUAAUCCAGAUGGAUCAAAUGAUUCGGCUACAGGCCCGUCGUCUUCAGUGCAAGGUAAUACAAAACAGGAACCGAAAGUGAUUCCAUCGUUCAAUCAUCCUGGGGAUGACAAAGGCACCUACUCGUCUGACGAUGAAAACAAGAAAACCGAGAAGAAAUCCGAGGGGUUUAUUGCUUCUGCCCGUCGCUCAUUCGAAUUAUUCUGGUAUCGCAAAUGAAAUUUGUUCGUUUAAAAGAUAUUUUGUGGUAUCAGCUCCGUUUCGUAUGAGCUAAUUCAGAAAUGUGUGUCUUUGAGUUUUUCUCCCAUCGAUAUUGUUUUUUGAAGUGACUGUUUGAAUGUUGUUUGUUUUUGUUCUCUGUGCAAGGAUGUAAUAAAAUAAUCCUGAAAGGUCCUGUUACAAUGGUCAAUUACACAGUUCACUAAA